AUGAAACCCCAAGUUAUUGCUGCCGAUAUGGAAGUGGGUAUUGACAAUAUGGCCUACAUGGAGGCGCUGGAUAAUUUACUGCAACAAUACGAUGCGAAAUUUCUGGCCCGCUACAUGGAACUGCGUAUCUUGGAGAUUUCCUAUAACUUAAACAAGGGUAGUACCGACAAUCAAUAUAUGACCAUGACAAAAAGUCUAUUACCCCUGGCCACUGAAUGGAUCUAUGAGCAAUUGCAUCCGGAAUUGCCACAGCAAGAAUUGCCAAAAAUCGCCGAAAUGUUCGGAAACGUUGUGAAAAAUGUCAACAAAUCUCUGCACAGGGAUACGAGUGGGAUAAAACCCAAAGAAUUACGGAACAAACUGGAAACAAUGCACCUGAAAGUGGGUAAUUUACCUCAGGAAAAUGCCAAGGAUCUUUUGGAAUCCUACUAUGCCGAUUUGCAAUUGAAUCCGAACAAUUAUUAUCACAACUAUUUGAAAAUAUUGGAAUUCUAUUACAAGCUGGAGCAGAACUAUUUCGAUUACAAAGAUUACGCCAUAGAUAAGGAAUUUUUCUGUAAAACUCCCAAAUACGAAUACAAUGCCGAUAUCCAACUCCGAUAUGUUGCCUCAUUGAACCUCUUAAUAAUUCCCUAUGGCCUAUUGAGACCCCCCGUGUAUCACAUAGAAUUGGAGGAUAUUUUCAAUGAAAGUUCCUUGGCCACUCUAAUGGGUAUAAGUUUGUUUGAGGCCUUUUUAACGAUCCCGCAUCUACACUCGGAUGAAAUUAAGAAAAUAUCUGGAGUUGUUAGUCUCUAUGCCACAUUUGAGGGUUUCUUCUCGACGCUAUCAGACGAAGAGAUUUCACGCUAUUUGGAGAUGUUUGGCUUCCGUUCAGUGCAAGAACUUAAACAAAUGUUUUUCCUCAAUGCCAUUCACUACAAAUGUGAAUGGUAUUCGGGGUAUGUUGGAAGUCUUAAUUUUAUGGUUAACAAUUUGUCGGAUUUUAACGAAGUGUGUGAUUGUAAAUUGCAUAAGUUUUUGAGAAUGUUUUAG